AUGGCCACGAGCGUCUCGUCCUCCGCGGCGCGCGUCGCCGAGCGCAUCCGCAGCUUCAAGAAGGGCAUCGACGCGGACGAGACGCGGCGGCGGCGCGAGGACACCACCGUCCAGAUCCGCAAGAGCCGCCGCGAGGAGCGGCUCAACCAGCGCCGACGCAUGAUCCCCGUGGCGAUGCAGUCGAGCAGCAGUCCGGACGUGCCUAUGCGCUCCCUUAACGGCGUCAGUGUGUCGGACUUGCCCAAGAUCGCGGCGAUGAUCCAGUCGCUGGACCCCAUGGAGCAGUCGAACGCCGUGUCCAAGCUCCGGCGGCUGCUAUCGCUCGAGAAUAACCCGCCGAUCCAGGAGGUGAUCAACUUGGGCGUCGUACCGCUGCUAGUGGAGUUCUUGAAGCAGCAUGACCGACCGGAGAUGCAGUUUGAGGCUGCGUGGGCGCUGACGAACAUCGCAUCCGGCACGACAGAGCACACGGAGGCUGUUAUCAGGUGCGGCGCGGUCGAGCUGCUGUGCGGACUGCUGCUGUCGCCGAACGAGGACGUGUGCGAGCAGGCUGUGUGGGCCUUGGGAAAUAUUUCGGGCGACUCGCCGCAAUGCCGCGACUUGGUACUGAAUGCCGGCGCGAUGAUGCCGCUGCUUGCGGUGCUGCGAAGAUCGUCAGGAAAGAUCACCAUUCUCCGAAAUGCUACGUGGACGCUGUCGAAUUUUUGUCGGGGUAAACCCAGGCCGGAGUUUGCUCUGGUUAGCCCGGCGCUGAAGCUGCUGCCGCACCUCAUUUAUUCUCCCGACGAGGAGGUUAUCACGGACGCGUGCUGGACGCUUUCGUAUCUCUCGGAUGGCACAACCGACAAUGUUCAGGCCGUCAUUGACGCUGGAGUGUGUAGUCGAGUGGUGGAUCUAGUGGGCCACACACUCGCAUCUAUCCAGACGCCGGCGCUCCGGACAAUAGGAAACGUCGUUACUGGCAACGAGCAGCAGACGCAGUUGAUGCUGGAUCUGGCUGUGCUGCCGCGACUUGUGCCUCUGCUCAAGCAGGAGAAGAAACUCAUUCGCAAGGAGACGUGCUGGGCCAUUUCCAACAUUACUGCCGGCACUCCGAGCCAAAUUCAGGAAGUUAUCGACGCCAACGUGAUCCCACCAUUGCUGUACCAGCUGAUGUCGACCGAGUUCGAUGUCCGAAAAGAAGCGGCCUGGGCCAUCUCGAAUGCAACGUCCGGCGGCACCACAGAGCAGAUCAAAUAUUUAGUUCAGCAAGGAUGUAUCCCUCCGUUAGUAAAGCUCCUGGACGUACAAGACCCCCGUGUUAUCAACGUGUCGUUGGACGCUCUGGAGAACAUCCUUCGGGCAGGCGAGGCAGAUAUGUCGCUUGCAGACACCGAGAAUCGCAUGGCGCGAUACAUUGAGGAGGCGGACGGCAUUGAGCUGAUCCAGAACCUGCAGUUUCACCAAGAAGAAGACAUCUACGAGAAAUCUGUGCGUAUUAUUCGUGACUACUUCGAUGGUGAAGACGAGGAAGACUUCGACAUCGCACCGGACAUGGACUACGGCUCGCACCAGUUCACAUUCGGGGCAGGCACAGUGGUUCGUGUCCUGCACAAGAACGAAUGA